AUGAAGCUGCAAAACCUCUUUCUCGGCCUCGGCGCCACCGCCGUCACCAAGCCCUCGCAAACGGGCGUCGCCCCCGCGCUCUGGGACGGAAAGUGCUUCUACCCCCAGCCUGACACGACCUUUGCGCUCGACACGUAUCCCGGGCGAUGGUAUCAGCUCGCCGGCACCCUGGCUCGUUUCACGGCCGGGUGCAAGUGCAUCUCGGCGCGCUAUGACAUUAACGAUGGGAGUCUGUACGUCAAUAAUACCUGCCAGCGAGGCGACAAGCAGACGUUUAUCGAGGGAGAGGCCGUGGCCGCGGACGAGGCGUACGGCAAAGUCGGCGUGCUGCGUGUGCGGUUCCCGGUACAGCCACCUCUUGCCUGCGAUGGGCCGAACUACAUUGUGCAAGAGUAUACUGGCGACCUUGCCAUUGUCCAGUCGGCCAACUUUUCCAACCUCUUUAUUCUCAGCCGCGCGCAGCACGUCGACGAGGACUGCCUGGAUGCAAGUAGCCGUGACCGUGACCCCGAUGAUGAAGCCGGUUGGAUCGACCGCGCGGUCGAGCUUGGCACGCCCCGCGAAAAGAUUGCCAAGACUGACCAGAACGACUGCAACAACGAUUUUUGA